AUGCAGUUCUCCUUCGCCAAGCUCGCCGUCGCCGCCCUGGCCAUCGGCUCCAACGCCGUCCAGGCCGCUCUUACCCCGGCCCAGAUGGUCAGCAACAUUAAGAUGGUCACCGCAAAGUCGCAGGCCCUGCAGGCUCCCGCCCAGACCAUCAGCGUCAUCAACGGGCCCCUCAUCGUCAUCGGCCAGGGUCCUUUCCCCCAAAUCAUCGCUGGAUUCACGGAUAUCAUCUCGACAGUCACUACUGCUCUUGCACAGAUGGACGGAUCUGCUCCCGUCCCCGCUGGCGCCGAUAGUGAUGCCAUCUUCGAGGCCUUCCGCGAGUUUGUUCGCGUGCACCAAGCCCUGCUCAACAUCUUGAUCGGCAAGGCAGGACUUUUCAACACUGUGCCCUUCAUUGGACAGCCUGUGGCACAAGUCCUUCGCAGCCUUGAGGCCGUUGUCGACACCAUUGCUUUCUCCAUCAUCGACUUGGUCCAGAGCCGCUCUACAGACCUCACGCGCGAGGCUAACAGCCUCAGCACCACCCUGACCACCUGCAUCAACUCCUACGACGGCCUCUCUGUCACCAAGCGCGGCCUCGAGACCAGGAGCGCCAAGUUCGCCGCUGCUCUGCGCGCCUAA